AUGCGCGUCAUCGUAGCGUUUCCGGGGUUUCGAUUCUGGUUAUACAAGUUGGGAGGCAAGCUCAUCUGCACGCAUUACGUGCCGGACCAGCCAACACGACAAUACACGAUAUCCAAAGUUGAGAACGAUCAAGUAGAAGAGAUGGAAGAAGGGGAUAACCCACAGGACAUAGUAGACCUUGGAGGAAAGCGGACGGUACUCUCGACAAGCUUCGGGGAAGAGCUAUCUAUCGUCCUGAUGAACCUCUGUGGAACGCUGGACAUGGAGUAUCAUAACGACGAGCGGGGUUUCCAAGAAGUCAUAUUCAAAGGGGUUGGCCCUUGGCCGUCCGCAAAUGGCAUAACGCAACCAGACAUUCAACACGCUCAACCUGCGAACACGCCUGUUGUCGACAACGAGAUGCUCUAA